AUGAGACGACAUCCACUUGAGCAAGUAAACCAGGUGCGGCGCAGACGCAGAGAGAAAGAAAGGAAGCAAGGGGAGGAACAGGAUCUAGGGGCUGCUAUGGCGUCGGCGGCGAGCAGGAAGGCGCCGUCGCUGGUGGUGGCGGCAAGCGUGGGCGCCGUGGAGGCGCUCAAGGACCAGGCGGGCCUGUGCCGCUGGGGCUACCCGCUCCGCUCGCUCUACCGCCACGCCGCCGCCGCGCCCAGGGUCCGCGCCCUGUCCGCCUCGCUCUCCGAGGCAGCGGCCGCCGCGGCUCCCCGACCGGCGCCUUUGUCCGCGGAGGACGCGAAGCUGCGCAAGGCGCACCACCUCGUCUGCUGGGGCCCCAACUGA